CCUUUUACUCCCCGUCCCGAUACCCUCUAUAAGAAGUCACUGCGCGGCAAAACCCCUUUCUCCUCCACCAUCAAACCCCAAUUCAGCUAUGGAGGGGACGCGCGUCAGGCGGCGAUUGGUUCAAUCGACGCUUUUCCCACACAGAGAUGGUUCAGUCAACGAAGCUGAAAAUUGCGAUGGCGAUGAAUUUGAGGAAGGUACUGAUUGUAAAGAAGAGGAGGAAGAGGAGUGGUGUAUAAAUGGCAAAAAGAGGAAGGGAAAGGCCAAUUCAAAGGCAAAAUCGAAAACUACACUGUUGCAGGCACGAGCUUCUUCUAAAAAGGCUACCGCAAAUGGUAACGAAACUUCAGGCAAGCAAGUGGGAGAUGGAAAUUUCCCAGCUAUAGUUCAGUCUGAUUUCUUUCUAAAGGCCUCGGAAAGAUCACAGCAGAAAAGGCAGCAAAAAGAGCCAAUCCUCAUUGAAUCCCCUGACGAUGACGAGGAGACCAGCUCGCCUCCAAACUCAGCUGCCAGUAUAUUGGUUAUCUUAUUUAUUGAACAAGUUUAUGCCAAUAGCUCAUAAGCAUACAACAAUGCCUGAUAAUUUAAAUGACAAAAAAUGUUAGAUUAUACAGUAGUUGCUUGCAACUACAACUAUUCUUUUUUCCUUUUCUUUUCCCUAUGCUUCAAGAAGUCGGAGGGGUCAAUCAAUUUAAGUCUUGCUUCGAGUGUGGAGCAUGGAAGUAUAUGGAAGAGAGAAAGUGAUGAUGGAUGUUAGUAAACUAGAACCAAAAUUAUAGAUGGGCAAACAGGAGAAGAGAAGAGAAGAGAAAGGAGAGGAUAAAUAAUAGAAGGGGGAGAAAAUAAGAGAAAUUUGAAGGAGGAAGUAUUUAUUUAUUUAACAAUCAAGUCUAAUGAAAAGAAGUAUUAA